UACAUGAACUCAACUUUCGUCAAUAAAUCUUACAUUCCACUACUAUUUUACAUUAAGAACACGCAGGUAUUCACAUCAGACUUUAUUUUACUUCGUCUCCCUGAUAGACAGCGAUGAUAACAUGCGUAUAGCUAUGAAUCUAAGCGACGCCCAGGCCCCGGAGGCAUUAUUCCUUGACAUCUCCGUGCAACGAGUCCUCCACGGCAACGGGGUUGACGCUGUCGAGCCCUGGGCCACCUUGUAUGUCGAUGCUGUCCAUGACGGAAGGUUCGGUGAUGCGAUAUGGGUGCGCUGUCAUAUCUUCGGGGAGGUGAUAGAUGGCAUGAUCGAAAAAUUAACUGUACUUGAGAGCAUUACAGAAGAUGCAGUAGGAUAUAAGAAGUUUGCGCCGGAAGAUUAUGCUGAGGCUGUGGCUUUCUAUAAAGAUACGAUGAACAGUGCAGACACACACACUGACGUGAUCGAAAUAAUCUUGCGUAUUGACGAGGAAGAUGUUAGUGGUAUAGAACUCUAGAUCUUCGUUCAUAUAUCCUUGUAUUUAAAUGCAUGCUUAAUGAGUGAGGGAGUAGCAGAGGACACUAAGAACACACAACCCACCCAGAGGCAGAGCUGUGAUGACCGCAAUAGUGUUGUGACG